AUGACUUCUACCAAGGCCAUUGUCGCCCAUGAUACGUUGCAGAAUGGCGGGUGGAAGAUGGAGGAGGUGAGCUUGAGGCCUUUGGCUGAGGGUGAGCUGUUGGUCGAGAUGGUUGCCACUGGAGUGUGCCAUACGGAUGCUUUGAUCGGUGGUCUGCCUGGUGGAGCAGCUCCAAUAGCUUUCUACCCGAGAAUAUUAGGCCAUGAAGGCUCCGGCUACGUCAAAGAAGUCGGCCCCAACGUCACGGUGGCCCAAGCCGGCGACCCAGUCCUCUGCUCCUUCGCCUUCUGCGAGAACUGCGAGAUCUGCAAGGCAGGCCACUACUCCAACUGCAAUGCCUUCAACGAGCUCAACUUUGGCUCUUGGCCCGCCUUCCACCUAGCCUCGAAGUCUGGAGAACCAGAAGUCGGAGGGUUGUUCUUCGGGCAAUCGUCUUUUGCCAACUUCAGUAUUGUCAAGCAGUGCUCGGUGGUGAAUGCCAAGGGAAUCGUAGACAACAAGAAAGAUUUGCAGUUGUUCGCCCCGUUGGGCUGUGGGAUUCAGACCGGCUCCGGCACCGUAAUCAACGUCUCCGGCGCGGGCCCAAAGGACGCAAUCUGCAUCAUGGGCCUCGGCGGCGUGGGCCUCUCCGCAAUAAUGGGCGCCAAAAUCCAAAACUGCCGCAUGAUAAUCGGCAUCGACAAAGUGCCCUCCCGCCUGGCCCUCGCGAAAGAACUCGGCGCAACGCACGUCAUCGACGGCAGCAAACUCGACGAAGGCAAGACCCUCGGGGACGUCGUCAAGGAGCUCGCCGACGGCGUCGGCCCCACCAUCACCAUCGACACGACGGGCGCGCCGGUGCUCAUGGACGCCGGGAUGAAGUUCACCCGGAAUCGCGGGAAGUACAUCCAGGUCGGCUCGCCGCCUUUCGAUUACACGCUCAACAGUGUGAGUGGCUUUGAGUUCAUGGUCGCGGGCAAGCAGUGGAUCGGCGCGAUUGAGGGAGGGGCGCAUCCGCCGGAGUAUGUUCCUAAGAUGAUUCGGUGGUAUCGUGAGGGACGGUUCCCGAUUGAUCGGUUGAUGAAGUUGAUGCCGGCGGAGGAGUUUGAGAAGGCUUUGCAUGAGAUGCAUGAUGGGACGACGAUUAAGCCGAUUUUGACGUGGAGUUGA